AUGGACGUGAGCAUGGUGCUUCUGCUGGUCGUUAGCAUGGUGCUUCUGAUGGUCGCAGCGCACAUCCUGGUCGAGGAGGAGGAGGAGCUGAUCAGCAAUUUUCUAGAUCAGCAGGAAAUCAAUCCCAACAGCAGCAAGAAGGAGUUUGCUUUUAUCAGAAUUACAGACGUCGACUACAAGCUUGAGACACCAGAUCCGUCGCCCACGGGACUAGUCACCGUCUCUGGGGGACGCAUCACAGCGGAAGUAGUUCAGUUUGAACUUGCUCGUAUCAUCAGAACAGACUGGAAGUGGGAAGCUUUAGUUCAUGAUGAAAAUUCUUUUUUGGUGGCUUUUCCUAGUGACGAUUCACUGCAGAGAAUGGUUGACAUUGGCUUUCAGUUGAAAAAUCAUGGCGUCACACUCACGGUGUCAGUCUGGCAAAAUGAUCAAGAUAUUGCACCUACGUAUGAGUUAGAGGAAGUCUGGGUCCAUGUUACAGGGGUGCCACAUGCUUACAGGCAUUACUUGGUUUUCUGGGCCGUUGGGACAGUGAUUGGUGCAACUCUGGAAGUUGAUAUGCUAACUUAUAGGAUGAAGGGUGUGAUCAGAAUCAAGGUUGGGAUGAUGGAUAAGCGUCAGCUGCCACAUACUACAGACCUGGUUUUUGGUACUCAAGGUUAUCAUGUGACCUUUGCACAGGAAGAUGAACUUUUCUUGCCAGCAACGCUUCCGCCAGAAGAUGAUGAUCCCAUGGAUUUUGAUAAUUUCCGGGAUGGUAAUGGUAGUGCUGAGGAUAAGGAUAGGGAUGAUUCUUCAAAAAAAUUGAAGAGGACGAGUCAACCUGAGAGCAGCUUACCUCAGACAAAAAAUGUUGGAUCUGGACCUGCCCCAAUGCAGUGUCGGAUUGCGGUCACUCCUAUGGGAAACCGUCGCUCAUGUCCACCGAGGAAGCCGGUUUUGUUUGAAGGAACUACAAAAUCGACCAAGAUUGCGGUUACUGAACCAAGAGGUGGUUUCAGGCCGAUUCCUGGGAAUACUUUUGUUAAGCAGCAGGGAGAGGUGAUCGACACACCUUUGGGCGUAGAUGCGCUUUCGACUGGCAUGGGCGCCCAGAUGGCAGGGCCAAUGGGCGAUUCCAGCAUGGUGAUGGAUAAAAAUCCUCAGGAGCUUAAACCUGCACUGCAAGUACAAACAGGCUCUGAGUCUGUUACUUAUAGUAGUCAGGCUAAUGUUACUCCACCAAGAAAUAAUGAUUAUGCUAAUUCGCCAUCUAGUGGGCCAUAUGUGAUAGCAUCGCCUAUAAUUCCGGAGUCAAAUACAGAUCAUCACUCGAUCUAUCUGGUACAGAUACGGUGGUAUCUGCUAAGGCGGGGGUGA